GAUGAGCUGUGGCACCGCAUUGGGAUUAUUGCCCUGUUUAUAGAUUAACAGGCAAAGACGCCAUCCGAAGUCUGCAGCAGAGCAGGCAGGGUCACAGAGGAGCCAUUGAUUCUAAAGUGCACAUCAAUACACAAUGAGGCCCGCUUGGAGUUCUGUCUUCAGCCGCCGCCGCCGAUUUCCCUUCACCCACCUCUCGCUCACCCUGCGCAGCCUGGUCGUGGUCCCGCUCCUUCUGGGCUUCGCUCCGUGUUGUCAGGCGGUCCAGGCAGAGAAUGUCACUGUGUUGGAGGGCGGCACGGCCCAGAUUUCCUGCCGCCUGCAGAACUACGACGGAUCCAUUGUGGUCAUCCAGAACCCUCGCCGGCAGACGCUCUUCUUCAACGGCACGCGUGCCCUGAAGGACGACCGCUUUCAGAUGGUGCUUUUCACGCCGCGGCUUGUGCGCAUCACGCUGACCAACGUCAGCGUCUUGGACGAGGGCGGCUACUUCUGUCAGCUCUACACGGAUGCCACGCACCACCAGGUGGCCACGCUGGCCGUCCUGGUACCCCCGGAGACGCCCGUAGUGGAGGUGAAGCAGGAGGCCGUGGAGGGCGGCGACGUGGAGCUCAGCUGCGUGUCGACGCGAAGCAAGCCCGCCGCCACAUUGCGCUGGAUGCGCAAUGGCCGAGAGAUUCCAGGUGUGGUCUCCCAGCAGGACAAUGGCAAGACCGUCAGCGUAUCGAGCACCAUCCGCAUCCCCGUCGAGAGGAAGGACAAUGGGGCGGCGUUGAGUUGCGAGGCGCACCACCCGGCGCUGGGCAACCAGAAGAGGAUCCGACACUACCGCCUGGAUGUAUUCUUUGCACCGACCGUAAGGAUCAUCCCUCCCGCUGGCAUCUUGCGAGAGGGUGACUCGCUGAGCCUGUCUUGCUCCGUCGUUGCCAACCCUCUGCCCAGGGCCAUCCAGUGGUCCAAGAUCAACGACACCUUACCUGAACGGGCCGAAAUCUCCGGGCCCACCUUCCAGAUUUCCCGCCUGAGCCAGUCGCACAACGGCACGUACUUGUGUCAGGCGCAGAACAACUACGGGCGAGCUGCCGAUCACUACACUCUGCUGGUCUACGAUAAUGUGUCAUUCCCAAGCAUGACCCCUCUCACUCACACUUCCCAUCCCAUCGUCAACCCAUCCCUCCCGCUGGACACAAAAGAUCCCGGUGCAGUGGUGGAGACUCACAGCGCAGUACCGUAUGCGGUGAUUGGUGGCGUGCUGGCCCUGCUGGUUUUCACUGUGAUCUGUGUGCUCAUCGUGACCAUCUGGUGCUCCGUGCGCCAGAAAGGCUCCUACCUUACCCACGAGGCCAGCGGCUUGGACGAACACGGCGAAGUGCAGGAGGCUUUCCUCAACGGCAACGACGCCAGCCAGGGCAAGAAGGAGUACCUACUGUAGCCUCAUCGUUAUCCUCUGACCUUAUCCCUGUGCCCUUUCCCUUCCCCUUCCUUCCUCCCCCAACCCCUCAGACAUACACACAAACAUACACACACACCUCAUAAAACAACUAUACACAGAAACCCACACACCUUUGCAGAGAAUGAGCGCCUAUGGAGCCAUACACGGCCGCACAAUAUGCUUUCUGUACAUCCGAGAGGAUAAAAAGGAGGCGAACAAUGGCAAAUUAAGGGGUUAUACACCGAGAUGAAUGCCAGAAACACAGGAGGGAAUAAUUUGAGGCAAAUAAUUGCUGUAAUUUCGAAGUAAAUGCAUCCCCCCCCCAUUGUGCCAUAUUUAACAUGCGAAGGUAGGUAAUCAAGCUCCGACAAUGCUGGGGAAUGUUCUCAAAUAUGGAAUUGCGGGGAAAAGAAACUUGUCUCCUUGAGAUUUUCAUACUUUAUGAAAUACUUUAUUUAUGAUGUGCUGUCUCCCUGAUUGGAAAAAAAAAAGUUUGUCCUUUUUCACACUUGGGGCUCUGCUUCUGCAAAUAGAACCAUCUUACCUUAUCGCCACGCCCAAGCUGCAUCGCUGGUCGUCAUGACAACAAAAGCCAGAAUGGCCUUUGAACAGCGGCAUACGGACCAGGGUGUGCAGUGGCUCACUUCCAUGAGACAUGGCCACUCCUUCCAAACAGGCUAAUUUCUGCAAGAUAAGAAUUUGAGUGGCGGCACGGUGGCCGACUGGUUAGAGCAUCAGCCUCACAGUUCUGAGGACCCGGGUUUCAAUCCCCAGUCCCGCCUGUGUGGAGUUUAGUUUGCAUGUUCUCCCCGUGCCUGCGUGGGUUUUCUGCGGGCACUCCGGUUUCCUCCCACAUCCCAAAAACAUGCAUUAAUUGGAGACUCUAAAUUGCCCGUAGAUGUGAAUGUGACUGAGAAUGGUUGUUUGUUUGUAUGUGCCCUGCGAUUGGCUGGCAACCAGUUCAGGGUGUACCCCGCCUCCUGCCCAAUGACAGGCACGCCCGCGAUCCUAGUGAGGAGAAGCGGCUCAGAAAAUGGAUGGAUGGAAGAAUUUGGGUGUGGGAAAAAAGAACUGUUUUGAAUUGAGAAAAAAACAUCAUAAUACUGUGGUGCCUUGAGAUGCACGUAACUCAACUUAGGAGUUUUUCAAGGUACGAGCCGUUGUUCAGCCGAUCUUUUGCUUUUGCUGGCAAGCAAAAAGUCAAGUAUGUAUGGGCAGUAAACUCAACUCACCUCACUCCACAACAAGCAGCAGUUUGGCAGACAGAGAACAAUUAAUUAAAAAUUCUUGAAAAAACGACUUCAAGCUGUUUAUUGCCAUUUAGACAUUUAUUGCCAUUGAGACAUUUACUGUCAAACUAAACAUAAAACAAAACAAAAAAAUUACCAGUUGUGUAUUUGAAACAACAACGUAAUUGCCUUCAGCUGGCUUAAUGCUAACAUACAAUGCAAAAUGUCAUAGACGGGCUAACGAAUAGCAUCGAUAGUUGAGGUGUUAUUACCUUAUUACCCAGAUAUUUCAACUGUGCAACAACAUAUGUACAGACAAUAUAACAAUCCUGACUCUGUGAAAAAUGACAAACAUUACUGCAGUUUACGAUGUCACUUAGUAGUUGUAAAAAUCCUCUUCUUUGGUGUCUUCAAACCUGUACUAUACAGCCCCCUGGUGGCCAAGUCGCUCACACCAGAAGUAGUCCCAAUGAAUUCAUCAUGAUGCACAAACUGUUUAAUUCUUUACAUUCUGUUUGAUUAUUUUAUUACUAUAUAUUGUAUAAGGUAAACAUUAUAGAAUGCUAUUUUCCUCCUUAAAAACAUUGGAAUUUUUUUUUUGGGGGGGGGGGUGAGGCUUGAACAUAAUGGCAUUUCCAUUCAUUUCAAUGGGAAAAGAGUAUUUGAAAACCGAGUGUUUUGAGUUCGUGUCGUCACGAAACAAAUUAAAAUUGUAUGUCAAGGCACUACUGUAUGUCUUAUUCACUAUUUCUCUAUUCCAAUAAUUUUGCUCCGGCGUGUUUGACUCUCCUGCUGGGGGGGUUAAAAGAUUUCCUUUCUUCAACACAUGAAGGAAAGGCAGUUGUCUCCCAUUUGAGUUGCCUCCCUCUCUGUUAUUCCGUCCGUUCCUUCCACCCUUCUUCUCGUCGCUCCGCUUUUGUUGGCUCCUCACAAUGAAAGGAUUAGCGUCGGGCUGCGUUCCUGACGGAGACGAAAAGGAAUAUGACUCGCGACGACAUUAAAGAAAAUCUUAAUUAUUUUCGAAUGUCAUUAAGGGGAUUAAAAAAGGUUUAGAAGUCUUAAUGGGAAGGCCACGAAGAAAAAGGGGGAUGGAAAAACACUGAAUGAGACAAUAAACAUACGCGCGCACACACACACACACACACACACACACACGUUCACUCAUAUGUAAACAUAUUGACGAAGCGAGUAUACAUAUCUCUGAAUUCCUUAUUUGUAUAAAAAAAAAGCAACAGACGCAUAAUUAAACUUUUAAGAGAGAAGAAACUGUUUACUAUUGCAUUAUGAAACUAUACUAUACUAACACAGAAUAUUAGCCUAUAGAGGCGCAAAGCCGAACAAACUACUGUCCAGUGAUCUUUAAAGAAAAAAGGAAAAAAAAAAAAAAAAGGACUUUAUCA